AUGAUCGUUCACACCGCCGAUUCGCCGUUCCAGUGUGACCUUUGUCCCGCCAAGUUUAAGAGGUCCUCCGUGUUAAAGACGCACAAGCUGACGCACACCGGUGUCAGAAGGUUCGAGUGCGACAUCUGCAAGCACCGGUUCCAUCUCAAGGGCGCUUUGAAGCACCACAUUUUGUCGCACUACGGAGUGAGGCCGUACAAGUGCGAGGACUGCGGGAAAUGUUACAGACGAUCGUGGGGCCUGAAAGUGCACAGAUAUCGUCACACGGGGGUGAAACGAUUCGAGUGCGACCUCUGCAAAUCACGGUUCAGCGUGAAAACGAAACUGGCCAAGCACAUUUACGGCCACAUCGGCGAGAAACCGUACAAGUGCGAUUUCUGCGGUCGUCAGUAUGGAGAACGAUACCAACUGAAGGCACACAAAUGCGGAAAUCCGCCAAGGAUGAAGACUAGUGGCUCAUCGUACUUAGACUCGGUCACUCAGGUCGUGUUCUUUCGUCCCAAAUCGGCGAACAGUCCCUUUGAUUUGAAUCCUAAGAUACGAUGA